GCCAGACGGUCGCGAGGGGUGAAUCACGCCAAAUUCGAAAAAAAAAAACAAUUUUCACUUUUUUUCCACCCCCCAAAUUAAUUACAUAUGAAUAAAUUAUAAAAAAAAAACAAAAAAGUCUCUGUUGAAAACUACCUAAUUAGUCUAUGUUUUUUCGUAAAUAUAACAAUAUUUCGGAGUAACAAAAUUAUUUUUCAAAAAAAAAAAGAAAAAUGGUGGCGUGAUACAGUGUUUUUGAGUGAAAAAUAGUCAAUUUGUGUUGCCUUGGAUGAGAGUGGAUCAAGAAACCUAAUAAAAGAAUGGCUGGGUCCCGCGAGAGACUGCUCUACGACCGACAUUUAGACUUCGAUUACGAGUACGAACGAAGGCGGCGACACGAAGCAAGUAGAUACGAAGUGCAACGUUCAGAACCAAACCGCAUUCGAACGGAGCGCUUCGAUCAAAUAGAACGACCGAAGAGAAAAAACGGUUACGUGUUCGAAGACAUAUAUUCGGACUUCGAUGAGGCACAAGGGCGUCUUUCAUUAUUCAGACCGAUCAGACCGGAGUAUCUGAACUUACAAACGACAUACGUCAGCAAAUAUAAUUCCUUACCAAGAAAUCAGCACUACAACGACGAUCACCGCCGAUACAAAAAAGACUAUUACGACUUCAGAAUCGAAGCAGAGAGACUAAAGCCGCGAGAAUCUUAUGAACAUAUACAAAAACGAAUCGAUAUAAAACGAAACGAAAUAAGGCUAACAGAUCGAAACGAACGUAGACCAAACUCUAUAACUAGACAGCCAAAUCAGAAGCCAAAGAAUGUGGCCGUCUGCAAACCGUUGCGUUUGUCAGAGAAGAAUGUCAAAUACUGGACGACGGAUCCGCCUGAGAAGGACCAAGUGAACCAAGUGAAGAAACCGAGAAAGGAUGAAACGAAGAAGAUAGUUAAAUUCUCAGAAGUGUCCGGUUGUCGGAAGAUGGUUAUCGAUGACCCGGUUUGCGGGCGUAAGGUGGUUGCUGUGAGAGAACUAGAGGUUUCGUUGGACCAAAUGAUACAGAACGGAUAUUUCGAGAAACACAACAUACCGAUAAGGCUGCCAGAGAAGCGGGAGGAGGUGAAGGGGAGCGGGGGAGUGCCGAACGGGAAGUGCUUAUCCGGGGCGGGGGGCGAGCCGCCGGCGCCGCGCAAGUCCAGACAUUUGCCGCAGGUGAUAGCAGCCCUGGCGGUGUCUCUGGCACCCUUCUCAGCCGGGCUGGGCAAGGGUUACAGCUCCCCUGCCAUCGCCUCGCUGCAGGGGCCCGGGAAUGCGACGCGACGCGACUUCCAGCUCACUGACCAACAGGCCUCAUGGCUUGCUUCGUUAUCUUUUCUUGGUGCUCUGUUCGGCGGCAUGGCGGGCGGUGCUGCCAUGCGGCACGGGCGCCGCCGGGUGCUGUCGCUGGCGGCGGCGCCGUGCAGCCUGUCGUGGCUGCUCACAGUGCUGGCCACGUCCGUGCGCAUGAUGUGCGUCACCGCCUUCCUCGGGGGGUUCUGCUGCUCCAUACUCACCAUGCUGUCUCAGGUUUACAUUAGCGAAAUAUCCGUGCCUGACAUCCGAGGCUGCCUGAGCGCCGUGUUGAAGAUCGUCGGCCAUCUCGGCGUGUUGUUCAGUUUCACCAUCGGCGCCUAUCUCGACUGGCAGCAGCUCGCCCUGUGCAUCUCGGCCGCUCCCCUCCUGCUGUUCUGCACGGUCCUGUACAUACCAGAGACGCCGAGCUACCUCGUGCUCAUUGGGAAAGACGAAGAAGCCUACAAAAGUCUCCUUUGGCUACGCGGACCGAAUUCCGAUGUUGCUCAAGAAUUAGCCACAAUAAGAACCAAUGUUUUAGCCAGCAAGAAUUUCAGCCAACGCCAGAGCCAAAUGUCGAGCAGUCAACUAAUUCAUUCUUUUGACGUCAGAACUGCCAAUCGUCUUCUCGGUCCGAUUCUCGUGACUUGCGGCUUGAUGAUGUUUCAGCGUUUUUCGGGUGCUCACGCCUUCUCCUUUUACGCUGUGCCAAUUUUUAGAAAAACUUUCGGUGGAAUGAAUCCUCACGGAGCGGCUAUAGCUGUAUCCUUUGUUCAGUUGCUCGCCUCCUGCCUGUCAGGGUUGCUGAUCGACACAGUGGGCCGUCUUCCGCUGCUCAUCGUGAGCUCAGUCCUGAUGUCGAUGGCGCUCGCCGGGUUCGGCAGCUACGCGUACUACGAGGAAGUUCACAGGAACCAGAGGAUACAGAAUGUCAUGUUUCACCAAACUGUCGGACAGAACGACUGGAUUCCUCUGCUGUGUGUGCUGGUUUUCACGAUUGCGUUUUCGUUGGGUAUGAGCCCGAUCUCUUGGCUGUUGAUCGGCGAGUUGUUUCCUCUGGAGUACAGAGCGUUUGGAAGUGCGAUGGCCACCGCCUUCAGUUACCUCUGCGCUUUUGUCGGUGUCAAAACGUUCGUGGAUUUUCAGCAGGCGCUGGGAUUGCACGGAGCGUUCUGGUUGUACGCCUCUAUAAGCGUCGGCGGACUGUGCUUCGUCGUGUGCUGUGUCCCAGAAACUAAGGGGAGGGAUUUGGAUGAAAUGGACCCAAACUAUGUUCAAAGUUUGUCACCGAAGAGGUAAGCAAAUUUGGAUACGACGCUGUAUUUACUUGGAAAUUUAUCUCAUUAAACAUUUUUAUUCGCAAUGACGUAGAAAAAUCCCCCAAAAUUAUUAUUAAUGUAUAAUGAAGAAUAUUCACGAAAGGUUAGCUGAAUUAAAAAAAACAUUGAAAAAUUAAAACAACAUACAUUUUCUUCGUGUAAUUUAUAUUAUAUUUUUAUCAUUUACAGUAUUAGUAAAAAUUUGAACAGGCUUUCCAAGUAUACAUCGUCGAGAGACAUAGAAACCUUUUGUAGGAACAAAAAUAUAUCGAAUCCACCGCAAAACUUUGGCUGUGCUUAUUAAAUUUAACUGACGAAAACACCCACGUUUUUUAAAGUGGUCCCUUUUAUAUUAUUAUAGCAAAAUAAUAAUAAUAAUUAGUAAUACCUCUUUGCAUAUCCUAAGUACCAUAUCUCCAAUAAUUUAUUUUUAUCGUUGAAAUUUAGAGUUUUUAAUAGGUAUAUUUUCUUAUUUAAGAAUUUAUUUAAUACAUCCAAAAAAUAUAUCCAAUUAAACAUCUGAAGAACAAAGCAUCCACAACUUAGGAUUAAUUACACUAAUUCAGCAAACUAGUACGAGUAUCGUAUCUGGAGAAGCAAAAAAUACUCGUAAGUACGAGAUAAAUUAUUCGUAAAUAAUAAUACACAACGUUACUUUUGUUUGAGAAACUUUGUUUCAUGUCUCAUCGUAUGUUCAUUAUAUUUACUUAGCAACCACUUCUAAUCGGUCCAUUUAGGCGCUAAUAUGUCUAAUACUGACAGAUUACAUAUAUACAUAAAAAAGUCGAUACACACCCUAAAAAAGUGUUUUUUUUUUUAUUCAGGUAAUAAUGACAGUGUACCGAACUGUUUAGUCCCAAUCAAAGCAAAGUAAGGCCCCGCGUAGAUACUCGUAGUAAGCGUACAUACGUUCUGAAUGAUGUGUUACGUGCACGUAUAAUUUCGUAGCACCGCGUAGACGAUGCGGUGGUAUAAUGCGCAGACGCAGAACUGAGAACACCUAAAAAUUUCUUGUCUAUAUAGUGGUUUAGUCUGCUGUAAAGGAGGCGAGACCACCCGCAAGCAAAAAAAUGUUCAGGCGUUCUGCGUGUUGUAAUUUCUUAACACCGCGUAGACAGCACGUGUAAGUUUAAAGUUACAUACGUUGCUCAGAAUCAAGAGCUCAAAGCGGCUUAAAGCUUUUAGUCUGCGCGGGGCCUAAGUGUCAUAAGUUAUUCAGAGAAAAUCAUUCAUUUAGAGAAUCUAAGUGAAAAGUCUUAAUUAUACUCAAAGGAGAAGCUUUUAAGCAACGUCUUACAAUCAGCUUAUCGAAAUAUAAUUUAGAAAUCUGAAAGCAAACCAAAUACAAAACUAUCGAAAUGUGUUCGUACAUUUGUUCAAAUAGAAACAUUCGUGAAUCAUAAGUUAUUGUACGUCAGUUUUGAAAUUACAUUCUAUAUUAAAAUAUUUUUUUUUUAACAAUUAAUUUAUUUUAAAUUACUACUUAUACCAACUCUAAUCUAAAGACACAAACCUAUUUGAAAUACAAGAACCUUGUUACUUCUGAAAAGAAACAUAUAGUUUCAAUAAUAAAAAAAUCGUCUUUUAACAUAAAUAACUUGACUGUUAUUUUUUCCUUAAACUAUAAUCAUUGUAACGAGCUUUCUCUACCUAUACCUUAAAACUUAUAGGACAAUAAUAUUAAGACAAUAAUUAAAACUAUUGGUGAAUAGACAAUAAACGUUAUAUUGUUAUAAUCUUAACAUAGAUUAAAGAGUUUAAUGCAAUUUUUUCGAGUAAUAUAGUAAUUUAAGUGCUUUUUAUAAGUGCCCUCUAUAAAAAUUUAAAAUUAACAUUGCAUCAAAUAAAAAUUGAGCAUAUUUUUGUUGCAAUGUGAAUAAGACGCUAUGUGGUUGGUACACAUACUGUAAAAGGGUUUUUUUUAUUCAGAUAAUAAUGACAGUGUACCAAACUGUUUAGUCCCGUAGAUACUCGUAGUAAGCGUUCAGACGUUCUGAGUGGUGCGUUACGUACACGAAUAAUUUCGUAGCACCGCGUAGACAAUGCGGUGGUAUAAUUGUUGCGCAGAACCUCAGACCAAUUAUAGAAGGACCUGUAUCACACUCAUAGUCACGAACAAAAUUGUCUGUCAUUUUCUGAAGAAAACGAGCUUAGAUUUGGUAUAUAUCUUAUACUAAACUAAAAGUUUUUGCCCGUUUUCUACACAAUUCAAUUACACAAAAAGGUAUUUUUACGGAGCUCUUUAACCGACGAACACGAUUACAACUAUUUAACAUCGAUACUAUAGAGACAGUUUUUAUAAUCGCAUUAGAUCGUUGAUCAUAUACUUUGACAGAAAAGUAACGUCUAGCGAGGCAGGUCCUAUACAAUAAUUGGUCUGAGCGCAGAACGCAGAACUGAGAACACCUGAAUGCUUCCUGGCCGUACAAAAUGUUAAUUAUAAAAUUUCCUUAAUGAAAUUGAUAAAAUUUUAUUGAAAUCAUUUUAACAAAACAUCAAGUAUUUUAUUUUAAUUACCAACCAAUUAUAUACCAACCAAACAAACCGUUAUUAAUUAUUAUACAUAGAUUACUUUUAUUGCAAUUUAAUUUAGCGCGUUGAUAACAACGGAAUUGAAACUUAAAUAAAAUGACACUAUUUUAUCCGUAUGUUUUGUAUAUUUGUUCCUUCUAUAUAUUUAAAUAAAAAAUAUCUUUUUAUCUUUAUAUAAAUAAAAAAUAUCUUUUUUAUGUGACUGUUCGUGAAGUCUUCGUUCAAAGUAAUAUAUUAUCCAAAUACUUAUUAUACUCUAAAAUAUUUUUAGUCACUCUUUAAAAGUAAAAUUAUUAUUUUUAUUACAAAAUAUUUCAUGUUUUAAAAAUAUAGGUACCUAUAUAGUAAGUAUACGUUAUUUUUAAAUAUUAACCAAAAAUAUUAAUAAUGUAAAGAAUUACCGUCACUUGAUUUUCAGAACCUUGUUAAGUACCUAAUUUGUUAGCUAAUUUGAAUAGAGUAAAAACUGUUAUAAUAGUCCUAAUGUAGUCUAUUUUUAUGGUUGUAAAUUAUAUUUUGGUAAAUGUAAAUUACCUAAAGAGUUUUAUCUGCGAUUCAAUUGAAAAAAAAUAUUUUUUCUUAAAAUAUUGUACCAAUUCUCAUAAUAACAAAGCAUACCUACUCCUGAAUGUUUUAACUUUUGCGUAUUACUGUUAUGUUUGAAUUAGCCAAACUAAUUAAUUACUAAAAAGUGUUAGUUUAUUAUAUUAAUAUAAAUAAAGCUUUGUAGUGAGUUAAAGGAUCUAAUUUAGUUUAGUAGCUAUAAGAUGAUAUUGUUUUUGUAUUACUUUGUCUUAUGCUUAAUGUAAGGAUAUCACCAAAUAUUUAUAAACAACGAUUAUAUUAAGACUUUAAUGAACUGGUUGAAUGUUUAUUGUAUUAGUUGAAAGGAAAAAGUACCAACCUAUCAUAAUAUGUUAUUUGAUAUAAAACAUAAUUACUAUAUUUGAAAAUUUAUUAGUAGAGUACACUCUCUCGGCGGUGGAGAAAAUUCCUUACUCGAAUAUAUAAAGAAAAUUCCUUCCUGGAAUAGAUAAACAAAAUUCCUUGCCUGAUUCCCUAUGCGCAGAGUUUAAUUAUGUGUUCGUAGGUUCUUUUCAGUUCUUGUGUUGGUCUUAAUGUAAUCGUUCUUAUACUUAAAUUGUAAAUUAGAAAGUUGCCUUUAAUAGCUUAAGCUUAUGCGAUCUAAUUUAUAAUUUUGGAGCUGACGAUACAAAUCUCAUCUCUAUCUCUGCAAAUAGCAAAAACAGAAUAGUUCAUUCUUGCUAAAGCUCCCAUAAAGAAAUAAGAGGUUUCAACACAGAUGAAAACUACAACAAACUACAUCAAAGAUUUUCUUUACUUGUUACUUUUAUGUAAUAUAUGUAUAUACCUAAAUUCGUUUAAAAAUCAAAAUACAUUAUCAAAUUCAAAAUAUCAAAUUCAUAAUUAUUUUAUUGAGCUUUAAAAAUCCAUUGUCAAAUAUAAAUCUGUGUUUAUUGCCAGUUAAAAAAUGGAAAGCCUAUUUAUUUUAUAAGUUAUAUAAUAGAUUGCAAAAAAUAUACAAAUACAAUAAUUGAAAAAUAAUAAUCAUAGAGUGCGUUUUUAGAUCAGUAUAAUUAUUAUUAGGUCUGGUACAAUCUUUUUAAUCACAUGCAAGUGAAACUUAAAUCUAUUCAUAAAAUAACAUCGGAUAGAGGCUAUUCUUGUCGGAAAACGUAUUCCUAGCUGAUUAUGAAAAUGCCAGAAAUCCCGGUUUGAUUCCACCGACCCAAACAUGAUAACUUUCACUUAAAUUCCUCAGAAAAAUGCGGCGCCUAUGAAUAUUCAUAUGAAUAUGCAAAGAAUUUUAGUUACCGAAUAGUAGACCAAGGCAUAAAGUUUCAGCAUCCUAAAAUAAAGUUGUGUGUAUCCAACAUGCUGUUAAAUCGGCAAAUGGAAAUGCCUAUUGAUCAGCAUAUUUACCACACAAUAUGAGCGCAACUGCUUAGCAAAAAGCUUGAUCUAUUAUGAUUUUUUUAAUACUGUUUCCUUCAUUAAAAUUAAUAGGUAAUAUGAAAUAAAAUUAAUUACUGAUUAUAUUAUAUUAAAUUAAAACUAACAUGAAAAUCCAAUGUUUAUAUUAAAAAAAUAGGUUUUAUUGUAAAUAAUAGGAAAAUAUUUCGAAGGCCUAGAACCCUGCAGUUUUAUACAAUAAAUUAUUAGAGACCGUAGUAAUGUUUGUAUGGAAAAUAAAAUCACAAUCACGUUUGACAUAAAUGAACAUUAAUAGGUUGUGAAUUUAUACAUUUUCUAGAUUUUUAUAUAAUACCUAAUGUGUAAUUAAAUUAAAUACAUACAAUAUUGGCUUCGAGUGUCUUAUGUAUCUCGUUUAAAUUAGCUUCGGCUACUAGAACUUACUAGACAAUAAUUAUUUCAUGUGACAAAACUAUCUCGGUGAAUUGAUUUCAAUAAAGUUAUCAUCCUAAAUCUAAGCCUAUAAAAUAAAAAAUUGAGAGAGCAGCCAGACAUAAAGAACCAAAGGCGUUCUGCGUUUCGCGUUCUCUAUAAUGUAACAUACUCGUAUAUAUCACACAGCGCGGUGGUACAAAGUUACAAAACGUAGCACAGAACGUAGAACUCUGAAUGCCUGAACGCUUUCUGUUUGCGUACCUAGAGUCGUAACUUUUAGAGCAAGUGCACAUUAGGUGGCGUUGCGUUCUGUAGGCGUUAUUAGCUUACAUACACCGCGCUCAGCACGGCGUUUUACGAGCGCAGCCAAGGUAUCCAUACUACCGGUUUAGUUCUUAAAUGGACGUCGAAGCGCGCGCUCAAAUGUACAACAACACGGCGGUGCAUGUAUCUACAAACACCCAGCUGACGUAACGCAAUGCAACGCAACGCGCGGUCGACCUAAAUUCUGCCGGCGCUUGAUCAGAAGCGCACGCUUGCAUGUGUACAUCUUCGAACAACCUCUUUAAUAUAAAAACGCGCGCUUCAAAACGCCUAAUAUGUACUCGUUCUUAUUUGUUUGUUUACCACCGAACAGGCGGUUAAGCCGCACUGCCUUCUACGGUGCUAUGAAGCUACAGGAAAAGCGGAAUUUCGAACGUCAAAACGCUUUUUCUGCGUGGAUCUUUAAAGUUUAUCCAUGGAUUAAACCAAGAAACGUUUUCUUUUUGCGUUUUAAUUUGUAAUUCGUAGAAAUAAAAAGAAUCUUCCGAAAGACACCGAGUCAGCGAAUAAUAUUAUCUAGCAGUUACCGAUUAGUCUACAUUCGAACGAUCUAUGGCCCGUGUAGACAGACAGCGUUCAGGCGUUCUAAGUUCUGCGUUCUGCGUUCUAGGUAAUGUGUGUAAAAUAGCAUGGCGUUGUCAUGCAGCGUUCUGUGAUCUAUCCGGUGAUAUUAAGUCAUAAACGUUGCUCAGAACGUAAAACGCAAAACGCUAAAUGUAGAAUCCAGACCACAGAACGCUUUCUGCUGCGUGGGGCCUGUAAAAUAGAUAUGCUUUUGGAAGUUAUGUUUGGGUAUACAACAAUAUAAAAUUGAGAAUAUUAAAUAAACAAUCCGUAUAAUGUUGCAUAAUAUAUGUAGGUAAAAACAAUUUAUUAAACAAAUUAUACGAGUAUUUAGACGUCACAAAUGUAUUUUUUUUAAUGAAUAAUGUAUGCUAACAGUCAAUAGAAUGACGUUUUUACUUUAUUUGAUUAUUAUUAUAUAUAUUUUCCAAAGUAAGAGUUAUAGUCAUUAUAUUAUUUACUAUUCAUAUACGUCACGUAGGUACUAAUAGUAUCUAUUACUUUAAUAUUCAGAUUUUAAAGAAUAUUAUUGAGAAACCCAUUAAUAUACAAUACAGACAAAGUAUAUACAUUUAAAUAUAAAUAAACAAAUGACCCAUUGUAAUAUAAUAUUAUAAAUAAUUGUAUUUUUCCGGGAAUGCUUUAAAUUUAAAUUGAUAAAUUUUAAAUUAGUGCUAACGCUUAGACUCUUAGCGAUCGUAAUGUAUUAGAAGCGUGCCUGUUUAAUAUUAAUUCCAAUUUUUAGAAUCUAGAAAGUACUUUGCUAUAUUAUGAUAUUAUGUAUGUACUGAUGAACGAACAAAUAAUUACUGUCUUAUGCAAAAGUUGUGAACGAUGUUUUGGUUCAAUGAAAAUUGUUAAGAUGUCUAACAUAGUGUAUUAUAUUUACUGAUUUUUUGUUUCUAUGAUAGUAGGUUAUGUAUUUCAAAAACUAAACCUUGGCCACGUGUAAAUAGCGUGAAAAUCAGUUAAAUAGGCUUAUUACAUGUUCGGACAGAGAUUAAAAAAAAAUAAUGUUGUUUCCUGUAUACUUUAAUUUUGUUAAUAAAUUGAAAAAAUCCAUACUUAUGGCAUAUUGUUUACAAACGAUGUGACAUGUAAUAAUGUGUGUUUAUAGUAAUAUUAUUAUUACAAAAAUGUCUCAAAACACUAGAACUAAUAAAUUAGUGUAUAUCGUUCAUAACUGUAUUUUUCUGUAUAGGCAGUCAGGUUUUAGUUUUUGAAAUUUUCGGUACUUCGUAAAUUUAUAUAAUUUUAUGUUAACAGAGACCGCAUUGUGCGCAACAAAGCAUUAAGUAAUAAAUAUCCUACGAUAAUACUUAAGCUGACAAAAUGUCGAAUACGACACGUAUUCGACACGUAUACGACGAGUAUACGAGAAUACGAGUAUUAAACAUGGACUAACUUUCAACUCUUAUAAAAUGAAGACGAUUUUGCCAUCACACACUCUGAGGAGUAGGUACGUUGAGAUCAAAAAUGUGAUAAUAGAACAUUCUACUAUUUAUUAAGACGUUCGUUUAUCACUGACAAAAAAUUCAAUUUGAAAUUGCAAACACAAUUCGGUAUCUGUUUACGAGUUAAAAGCCAUUGUAAAUAUUUAUGAAGUUAUUAAUUUCAUUACUCAACUUGACAUUAUGUUAUCCAUUAAUGAAAUUCACGAAGUAUUUCAACAGAUAUAAGUCAGGAACAAUUUAAUAUAAGGCAAAUAAUUUUAAGAUAGUAAAGGCUUUAAUUAGCUUAGUGUUUUCUUGAAAGACUUUAGAUUGUACAAAACGAUAUAAGACUUCAAGUCGAUCUGGUAUCAAUUUUUUUAAAUAGAUACUAUUUUUCUUCUUACUAGCGGAUGAAAUUCUAUAUUAAAAAUUUUAAUAAGUGUGAAUUUGAUCAUUAUAUAGAAUAAUUAAAAUGCUUUUAUAUAUUACCAGUUAAGGGAAUCCAGAAAUAUUAAUAGCCAAGUGGUACAACCAACGAUAUACAUUUAUUAUUAUACAAACAGUGAUAAUAAUCAAACCAAUGUGUCUUUAUGAAAGCUGAAAUUGUGGAUUUACUAAACGGAGGUCCUGGGUUCGAUCCCCAGGUGCGUCCUAAACCUGCAACUACCUCUACCCUAACCCUGCCCAACCCCUUUUUCUAAUUUUCCGCGCAGUUUUUUAAUUUUUUUCUGUCAUGAGAACUUUCUCCUGACAACAACAAACACAUAAAAAAAAAUUGUGAAAUCGCGCGUGAUUCACGCAUGAUGGCGUGACCAAGGGAUAUAUGGAUUCAUUUUCAUAUACCUAUAUAGAUUUACCUAAGAGGAACAUAUCCCGAUUACCUUUCAGUUUACAAAGUGACUCUCAGUCUAUCUACCUAUCUAUUAUUCAGGUACAUAUACUUAAAUGAUUGAGUUAAUUUUCAAAUGAUGAUCAAAUUCUCACUACAAAGGAAUCUGAAUAUAUUUAAAUUUUAAACGCAAAAUAUUAUAAUUAUAACAAUAAAUAGGUAAUGUUUUCAGACAAUAAUAUUAAUAGCUCCUCACUAUAUAAUAAUUUCUUCUAUAUCGAAAUGGAUUGAACGAUUAUAUUACUAGAUGGUAAAUGUAUUCAUGGAUUGCAUAAAUAUACGAGAGU